UUAAUGUUCAACCCCAGAAAUAUUGAAGAAUAUGAAAAAAAGGUACAGAACAACUUGGGCCAGAAGUCUGGAGGUGAAAAGGUUACAUAUGUCUGAAUUGGUAACAGAUAUUUCAGAGCCAUUGUAAUUUAAUAUUAUGCUGGAAUUAUGUUUCUAUUGUAGGCAAUUGUUGAUGUGCCACAGGGACAAGAGCUUAUAGUGGAGCUAUGGGAUGAAGAUACCAGUUCUAAAGAUGAAUCUUUGGGAAAUUUGACUGUUGAUAUUGAGACUAUUGUACAAAAAGGAUUUAUUGACACGUGGUUGCCAUUGGAUGAUGCCAAGUCAGGUCAGCUCCAUCUCAAAUUGGUAUGGUUGACGUUGUCAGACCAAGUUGAUGCAUUAGAAGAGGCAUUGGAGGAAACAAAACGAUUGAAGGCAUUGGUUGACAAACAGUUGGCAUCAUCUCUACUGUGUGUUAAGUUGGACUCUGCUCGCGCACUCCCAGCUCGAAAGAAGUCUAGGAAAACAAUGGGUGAACCCCAUGCCUACUGUAAUGUAUCAGUUGGUCAAGAAACUAAGAAGAGUAAGGUUGAUCCUGAGACGUAUGAUCCAGUAUGGGAAGAAGUGUAUUACUUCUUAGUUCAGAAUCCAACGCUACAAAACUUGGAUGUUGAGGUGAAAGAUAAGAAAUCAUCUAAAGUGCUUGGUACUACAUCGAUAUCAAUAAAGCGACUGUUAAGUGCACCUGAUAUGACAAUGGAGCAACCGUUCCAGUUGGAUGACUCUGGUCCCAACAGUACUGUUAGAAUCCGACUCUGUCUCAAGCCAAUAGUCAGUCCUCACUCCAAGUAUUAUGGCAAAGUACCUGAUUCAAAUGCGAUCUUAUCGCCUUCUAAAAACAUCGCAGAGCCUACGAAACCAACCGAUGAUCUUGGUGCUUCAACUGAAGAAGAUGAGAAGCUUGAUAAUUACAGUAUAGAGAGUAAAGACAGUGAAGAUAUAAUGGACAAUACUAUUACUAGUAGUACUGCAGUCAGUGAAGAAAUUGAACACAAUGGUGUUAAUAAUUCACAAGUCAGGAAACGAAACGUCAACAAAGGUUCUGAAGAUCAUGGUUGUGGUAAAGUACAGGCGACAAUACGAUAUAGUUCCCAAAGAAAUCGACUGAUAGUAGUGAUACAUAAGGCCGUAGAUCUCAUUGCAUUGAAUUCUGAUCACACAUCAGAUCCUUAUAUUAGACUAUAUCUCUUACCUGACAAAUCAAAAUCAGGACGAAGAAAAACUAAAGUUAUGAAAGAUGAACUGAAUCCCAUCUAUGAUGAAACAUUUGAAUUUGCCUGCAAUGCUGAUGAGAUCCAGCAGCGUGUGAUUGAUCUUGUCGUUAAAAACUCUGUUGGUGUCUUCUCACAGAGUAAAACAUUUAUGGGACAGACAUAUAUCAACUUAUCUGAACUAGAUCUUACCAAAGCUACUACAGUGUGGUACACGCUAAGAGGUCAAGAAGUAAUGGAUGUAUCGUCUGUAUCAUCAAGGAAUUCGGGAACCGCUGUCUAAAUUCGAGACAAGACUUUUGAUUGGAUUGUGCACAAGAGAAAUUACUCACUGAUUAUUUAACCAAUCAUUGACAUUGUUAUAAAAGUGCCUUCUGAAAAGACAAUGUGUAAGGUGACUUCUGAUUGGAUGUCAGGCCUUCACACAUGUCUGAAAUCAAAUCAUUUGAGGUAAUAAUACAAAAGUAUUAUUAGUUCAGAGACUUAAUUUUAAUAAUGGAUGUUGUAUUUUGGUAUAUUUUAUAACCAAAGUGUAGACAGUUUUUACGAUCCAUGAUAAAGUACAUUUACCACAUAGUCAAACAUGAGGCUUUAACACACCUAUUUUUUUUUUAAGAAAAUCAAAUUUAACGGGUAGGUUUGGAAUAUCAAUUAAUUUAAUCAAUGAAGUUUUAUGUUUUAUUAAAUUUACUACAAUGUGAG